CGAGUAACCACGAUUGGUAACUACAUACAACAAUUGAGACUUCCGUUAAGCGAGUGAAAUCCUUCUCUAUGUCACUACUUUAUCAGCCCCGGAUAAAUAAUGGAUUUAUUUUAAACGCGUUAAUAAUAGCGUGGCUUGAAAAUAAGACAGAUGGACUAAAAUGGAGACUAUUACAGCAAGAAAAGAUCUUAACGGAAUGACGAAAGUGGACAUGGAAGAGUAUUUUGACGAUGUUGAAGUGGAAUCAUUAUAUAGCUGGAUUGACAGGAUUCCACUAUCCAGACCGAAGAAAAAUAUUUCAAAGGACUUUUCUGAUGCUGUGUUGUGUGCGGAAGUUAUCAAGCACUACUUCCCUCGCAUGGUGGAAACACACAACUACACUCCGGCGGCUUCCACCAAACAGAAACUAGAAAACUGGUACUUGUUAAACAGAAGAGUGUUACGACGGCUUGAGCUCGACCUAUCGGAUGACGUCCUUCGGGCUCUGGCCAAUGGAAAGCCAAAGGUCAUAGAGCGCGUGCUCAUGCUCCUGCGUCUCCAGAUUGACAAAAUGCUCGAGAAAACAGGUAGGGACGGGUCGUGGCGGCGGCAAGAGCUGUAUUACACAAACCCAGAUCCGGUGUACUUAAGGCUCCGUCUAAACUCACCGCCAUCUCACUCUACCAAAAACGGCGAAGAAGAUACACCACCAGGUAUAAAGUCUCCGCGGGGUCCGGACAGUUCCUCGAGGUCUUUGUCCCCUAACAGACUCACCAAGUCGGAAGGGGCAGCUCCAUCGCCAAGAAAAUACCAAAAAGGCGAGAUACCUCAUGGCCACCCGGACCGAACGCGCGAGAUCCACUCCGAUUAUCACCACCGCCCGCCAAACCCAGGGUUGGAAGCACUGGCCUUUGAUUACCCAUUCACACAUUUUGCAGAACGAUCGUAUUUCGCGGACAAGCCUCUGCCCCUCGUGCCGAAACCUUUCCUCCCUGCCGUUGACAACGUGCCCCGGAUACUGUUCGAGGAAAAGGAGAUGGAGUGUCAGGCAAAGCAGGAGACCAUUCAGAUACUCGAAGCCAAAAUACGUCGUUUAAACCACCUUCUUCACCUAAAAGACGUACGGAUUGAUGACCUUCAUAACACCUUGCAGCAGACUGUUGGAUUCGGCUACUCUUCUUACCGGAAGACAUAACUAACACAAAUACUCCAACCCCUGUUGUUCUCUGUAUAAAAUAUCAUUUGGUUUUCGCCUUUCGUGGGAAGCUGUACACCACUAUAGACAUUUUUCAUGAACUACAUUUUAUUUAUGUAAAGCGUUCGGUCAUGAUGACGGAUUGUGGGCUCCAAAUGUGUAGAUUGAAGUUUUGACGUAAGGGAUUUUCCUUAAUAUAGUGCUUACAAAACGUUAUGGUUGAAUCGUAUGACAAUUUUCUUCAGAACUACCAGGACCGACAGCAUUUUUUGCAUUUUCAGCACAGGUGUUGGCCAUAAGUGUUUAUUUAAACGACUUAUUAAGGUAUCCCUUUGGAUAUUUUUCCAGCAAGUAUCAGUAUAAUAUGCUGAUGUAAUUAUUCAGGUUCCUGUUAAAAACGUUAAAAAAUGAAAAUUCUAAAAUCAAAUAUACGGUAUUUGUAGCUUUGAAUACUUGUUUGUUCCGAUAUACACAUUGAAUGCUGUCGUAUCUGUGCUUUGGAGAUUGUAUUCUUGAUUACGACAUACCGUAAUGUAAAUUGUAACCCAAUUACGUUGAUAUUGUUCAAUAUGGUUAUGGAAAUGCAUGGCAUAAACAAAGUUGUAUAUUUGUUAAUUGUCUACUUCCAGUUGUGCCAAAUACCUACUGGUAGAUGGCAAAGUUAUGGAAAUUAUGAUACAAGAUAUAUUUUAUACACGUCCUUAUACGACCUGUGAAUUACAUAACACGUGGUUGUUUGGUGUGUAACAAAUACGCUUUAAAACUGUUUUGUUUCUUUUAUAUUUGUUAUCCGGCACGAUUAAAGCAUCAAUUUUGGCGUACUUUUCAAAUUGAAAUAAAGUUUGAAAUAACAUUUUAUACAUAUUCUUCAAUAAAAUGAAUCAUGAGUAAUGUAAUAAGUAAGAUACAAAUCGGCAUUAGUGUGUGCCAUUGGCCCGCAUAUGCCCACCAUAAGAGGCAUUGAGUUCAAAACUGCCGCAGUUGUGCCAAUACGGACGAAUGUUACACCAUAGCCGUGUAAUAAGAGAAUUCUCAAAUGACAUUUGCUCAUUUCCAUUAUUAUUAUAUCGUUUACAUUUAUAGUAUCUUGGUAGUUAACGCCUACUAAAAUGUGAAAGGGGCAUUUCGAAAUUGAAGAGCAAUCAUAGCAUACAUUUAAGCGGACAAUGUAUAGAACUGUAAUUGCACUGAUAGUGGUGGGAAAAUGUAAGAAGUAAAAUAAUGUUUUUUUCGACCCAUAACAAAUGGUUUGAACUGUGUAUGAACGUUGCGAUUUUUAUCUUCUUUUUUAUUUAAGUUCUCAAUAUUUUUAUAAGCAAUAUUUUGUAAUCAACUCUUUUCACAAAGUAUAAUAAGUUUGCAAACACUACUUUUUAUUUUUCGCAUAUCAUUGGAGCGUAUAAAAAGACACUCUUUUCCAUUCAUUCAAACUAAAUUCAAAUCGUACAAAUACCUUUAGACGAUAUGUUAUGAAUGCAACUACACGUGUUAGUAAUAAUGCGUGUAAAUUUUGAAUUGUGUUUGUUAUAUAAACAUCAGACUUUCAAUAUUUUGUUUUUUAAGGUUAACUAGAGCUUUUGAUGGUUUUCAAAUUAAUAAAAAUGUUAAGUGUAGCUGUCCAAAUAGUUUUUACCGAGGGUUUUAGGCUUGAAAAUAUAACAUGUUCAACCUCUCUUGCACUGUAUUAUUAACUGAAAAUUAUAUGCAUGAAUGUUAUGUUUAAGAGUGUUUUUGUUUCCUAUUCCACUUACAUAGCUUAUUGUAUGAUAAACCGUUAUUUAUUAUUAUGAAAAUCAUGGUAUCUAGUUGUUAACAUUCCAAAACAAUGUACUAUAUAAGAAAUUAAAGCUUUACAAAAUUAUUUUUACAUGCGUGUCUAUCUAGAUAUUUAAAAGAAUUGUACCAGCUUUUAACCACGGACUUUAAUUGUAAUACCCCUUUUUACCACUGAUUUGAUAUUUCUGACAAUAUUUAUGUUGUACUUUUGUAUUUAUAACUAAAAGUCUGGUACUAUCCUCAAUGAUAUUUCUCAAACAUGUAUUGUAAAUAAGCUCUAUGUUUAUAACAUUUUUAUACAAUAUGUAGAUGAAUAGUAUGUUAGUGAAUAGUGUCUGUUAUUCACUAUACUUUAUCUGUGAUAUUGUUAUUAUAGUGUUUAGCUAUUCUGAAUGUUUAUUUGAAUAUGUACAGUUUUUCUUAAGUUAAUUUGAACAGUUGUGAUACAUAAAACUGAAUAAAGAUGUGAUAUUUUUCUAUGCUGAUAAUCGAAGCUUUUCAAAACAAAAUUGUCAACUUGAAAUUGCAUUGUGAUAAAAAUUCAAAACGAUAAGCUACAUGAACUGUUAUUAUAUCAAUAGAAUUUGAUAAAGUGCCUUUAAUUUGGGACUUUGUCAAUGCAAGUAUGGAGCGUCAAUUUCAAAUAAAAAUAAAUAAGAUACAUUACAUUCUUUACACAUUAUAACAGUUUAUUGCAGAAAAAAAUGAAUAAACAUUUGGAUAUGUGCUUUUGGAACAUUUAUUUAAAACCAUUCAUUUGGGACCAAUUUUGAGCAUUAGUUUCCGCAAUAUAUUGUUUUCGACUUUGACUUGAUAAUACAUCAAAACAAAACAGAGAACAAAGUUUAUCUUUUUACUAAUUUAAACAUCCUUCAAUUAUUUAAAAAUAACCUUAGUGAUUUAUUAAUUACUAAUUAAAUUUACUUUAAAACAAACGUUUUCGUUUUGUUAUUGUUUCGAAAUAUGACAGAUGUCGUUAGAAUGUAGAAAAGUAGUAUUUACCAUUUUUUAAACCUAAAAUGUUGUAUUUAAUUAGUUAGUUUAUUUAAAGUAUGUUUUCAAUUUGCUAUGCAAAUGCAUCUGUUAUAAUUUUUUUGCAUUACAUUUUAGUAUAUAAAUAAAUUGGAUUAAAAAAGUG